CCUGCUUCAUCAACUUAUUAUCCUCAUUAUUUCUAAGUCUUUAGGUUGCAGAAGCUUCUUUAUUAUCAGUCCUCGUUUCUAGUAUCUUACAUUGUGUGUAACUUGGAACUUUCUCACUAUAACCAAUUCAUCUAUGGCUGUCUCAUCUUAUGCCAUGCAAUCAAUCCUCUCAAACCCUUUGAUGGGCAUGUCCACCAGAUCUAGGGUCAACCAUUUUGGUAUUCCUGCUAUGUACUUGAGAAGGAAUGUUAGCCUGAGAGUUAGGUCCAUGGCUGAGGAAGAGAAACAAAGUGAGCCAGCAGGCCCAGUUACACCACCACCAUCAGUAGAACCUGUGAAGAAACCAGCCAGUAGUGCCUCACCAAAGGUGAGCACGAAGUUCUCGGAUGUGUUGGCAUUCAGUGGGCCAGCACCUGAGAGGAUCAAUGGAAGGCUGGCCAUGAUUGGGUUUGUAGCUGCAAUGGCGGUGGAAGUAGCGAAAGGGCAGGGUGUGUUUGAACAGAUAUCGAAUGGUGGGAUCCCAUGGUUCUUGGGGACAAGUGUGAUUUUUACACUUGCUUCCUUGGUGCCACUGUUCCAAGGGGUCAGUGUGGAGUCAAAAUCCAAAGGGUUCAUGUCAUCAGAUGCAGAACUGUGGAAUGGGAGGUUUGCUAUGUUGGGUUUGAUUGCGCUGGCUUUUACAGAGUAUGUCAAGGGAGGCACCCUGGUGUAAAUACCACAGCAAUGGUCUAAUAAUCAUUCCUUGUUAGAGAGACCUGUGUUUUCUUAAACUACAUAUAUAUCAAUGAACGUAAACAAAAUUCAUGAUA